GGAAUUCGAUGACGUGGCAUCAUUAACGGUUGAUCAUUGUGGCUUAAUUACAAUAAUUACUGUUGCAAAAGUAGAGGAUGUCACAAAAUCCCACCCCGGAUAUGUUCACGCCACCAACCGGACAUGUCCGGCGACCACAGCAGCGCCCGCACCCGAGCUCCUCCACUGCGCUGCACCACACCACGACAGCCGUGGCCGGCACCGCACGCGCCCCAGCCCUGCCUCCCGCACCAUACAUCUCCUCGUCGCUGCCUUGCCAUCUCCACCUCACACGAGCGUGCGCCGUCAUGGUGAUGCCAUGGCCGUCGAAGAUCCUCCAUGCCCGCUGCGCCCCUCCGCCUGGGCCUCGCCGCCGGCCCGGAUCCAGUGGGAAACUUCCGGAGUAGGUCCCCGUCGCCCAGAUCCGUCCGUCCCCAUCGCCCAAGGUCGCCACCUCGUCGGCGCGGCACCCCGCCGCCUGCACCCACCGUCAUAGACGGUGCCCCGAGCACCGCUCGCGUUGACACUGUCGGGCGCUCGCUCACGCCAGCACCCCCUCGCAUGGGCCUCGCCCCGGCUUGCCUCGCCAUGGGCCGCGCCUCCAGCCAGCCGAGCCGUCGACCCAGCCGUGCCCCCCUGCUUGGGCCGCUCAGGCGUCGGCCCAUCUGCUCCCACGCCAACCUAGGCCAUGGCCCGCAAGUUGCAGGUACAGGUAAAGCGACACUUUGACGUGAGCGCGA